GUUCAGAGAAGGAUUCUGCCCAAACCAACAAGAAAAAGCUGCACAAAAAACAAGCAGAAGCAUCCUAGUAGCCAUACUCUGACUACAGUACACAAUGCCAUCCUUGAAGAUUUGGUGUAUCCAAGUGAAAUUGUGGGCAAGAGAAUCCAUGUGAAGUUUGAUGGCAGUCAGCUUAUUAAAGUCCAUUUAGACAAGGUACAACAGGACGAUGUUGAACACAAAGUUAAAACAUGUUCUGGUGUCUACAAGAAACUCGCAGGCUAA